AGCGGGUUUAGGAAACGUACGUUACGCCUAAGACUAUGUUACAGGCCUACUAUUCAUGGGCAACCGGUUAGCUUGUUGUCGCCAAACAUGGAUAGAAUUUCAUGAUGAAGGUGAAGAAGACUGCAAGAAUAACCAAUUACCUCGAGUUUUUGGUCACCAAAAUAAUGGUGCUGAUUUUUCCGAGGAAGAUAAUGGAUUCAGAAUUGAAAAUCGUGAACCCUGUGUCAGUUGUACACGUAUUAGCGUACCUGCGAAACCUAACGUUGCAUAUAAUUUAACACAACACAUAAGUGAACGGGAACCAGAAGAUGUUGAGUUUGACCCAUCACUUAAUGCUUCACAUCAUACACUGUUCCUUUCCGGCAUUACACCUAAAUAUCAGAUAGUAGGAUUAUCCAGGGACCUGACGGUAUGUUGUUAAUUUAUUUAUGGUUUACGCGAUAUCAGCCCAAGUCUAGGAAAGAGGCUCCUACAACCCUUUCUAUUAAACGGUGGAGUUCUUGCAGUACUAUAUAUGUUGGGGAUGGCUAUUUGGCUCGUCCUGAUGUGAAUGAUAUUGUAUGUAGCGUGUCAGUGGCUAUUCAACUUCUUAUGUGCAGUGAUCUAAACAAACACUUUUCAAAGCUGUUACAUAAACCGGGUGUAAAUUCAUGUCCUGACUUCCUGCAGGAUAUGUAUGAAGAGGUGUAUAAAAGUUUUGAUGAACGAGUCUACCCCAUUGAGCACCUCGUGUAUGAUGAAAAUGCAAAUACCAAUACUAUAAAUGAUUGGAAAUCUUCGACAGUCUAUCAUAUUCGACAGUUUCUGCGUCGCCUUUUCAGCACAGCCCUUUUGGGACCCGAAUGCGCUAUUGUAGCCCUUAUAUUUCUUGAACGACUUAUACUUGGAGCUGAAGUGGCUAUGACACCAUGGACAUGGCGUCGUCAACUUUUAGCUUGUGUUCUUCUUGCUAGCAAAGUUUUAGAUGAUCAGGCUGUAUGGAAUAUUGACUAUUGCCAAAUUCUCCGGGAUAUCCAUGUUGAGGAUUUGAAUGCUUUGGAGCGACACACAUUAAGACUGUUACAGUUUAAUAUCAAUGUACCAUUUGGGGUAUAUGCCAGAUAUUAUUUUGACUUGUUAACCGUUGGGGAGAGCGCUGGAGUUGCAAAUCAAGCUGUUAAACGCAAACGCUUAACUCCUGAAAGGGCACGCAACUUCCGAAUAUUACCCACUAGUUUGGAAAUAUGUACAUCGGACAAAACAUUAUUAGAUAGGGGAUUUCUUUUCGACUUACCUUCUUUCACAAAAUCAGAAGUAUUGUGCAAUAAAAAAGAGAAGCAAAAGCGUAUUACUAUUCAGAAAUCAACAGAAGUUAAAUGUUACAAAGACGGUAAUCAGAAAAAGUUCAUUAAAACUCCUUUUUUAAGUCGAAAUCAGGCAACUAACCACGAAAUUAACUUGUCCAACCCAAAGUUUGAUCUUAUGCUUGAUUAUGUAACAGUUCCUGUUGAUAUUAAUUAUCAGUCUUCCAAUAAUGUAAUUUCCGAUGAAUCGUUGGUUCCAAUCCACCUGGAUGAAGAAACCGAUUUUGUAAAUUCUACUCCCCCGACUUUUUCAAAGAUAAGAGAUUUUACUUGUCAGUCGAAGCAAUCAAAGACAAAGUACUCUUACACAAACCAAGAGCCUUCUAACCAUUUUCAUCCCUUAUUAUUAUCAUCAUCUUUGGAUUAUCAAAAAGAAACGAUCCCUUGCACUAGGCUUCUGAUCAACUCCUCCUGUAAGCCUUUCCAAACGUCAGCUUGUGUUCGGGAUUUUAAUCCACCUUGUUCCUUAAAUGAAGCAGCAGGUGUAGAUCCCAAUAAUGUAACUGAUUCUCGUAUGGGAACAGAGUUUAUACGAUCUCUUAUGGGUGGCGAUGUAGCUUAUUCUUUAUUACGUGAUUCUGGGUUAUAUUGAUUAAUUAAGUUUUAAUAUAUUUGCUUUUAAUAUAAUUUGUGUUAUUGUUAUUAACGCUUAUAGUGAGGAACUUUUUAAUAAAAACCUGGCUAUUUUGUAUCUGUGCGCAUUUAUUUACUUGCCUUUGUCACUAAAAAUAUUUCUAUUUUUACUCAGUUUUAUUUUUAUUUCAUACUGUUUUCUUAACAUGCUAAUAUUAAUAAUUUCAUUCUUCUCAUGUAGAUGUUAAACAUGUUUAAGUCUCUUAAUCAAAUUCCCCAUAUAUAUAUAUAUAUAUAUAUA